GCUACUAGUUUCUAUUUUUGCAUUUUGAUUUGAAAGUUUUGGUAGUUUUUGUGUUGUUAAAUUUGUAAAGUAACGAAAAUGGUAGUUUAUUUUAUGGUUGUUCAAGUUUUAGUUAAAUAUAAUAACCCUGUACCACAGAUUUGACUAAAUGGACGUUUAACUAAAAGUCAAGUUUAACUAAAACUAAAGUUAAGAAGCUAAAGUUAAGAUAUAUUGUCUCUCACUCACGGAAUUGUAUUAAGUAAAUUGUAAUACAUGUGACAAUUUGUAAAUGUAUGGUUGGGUAGGAGGCUAUAUGUUAUUACGCCCGCAUUCAACGAUAGUUUACAAUACGUGAAAUGUCUCACGUGUUCUAGAAACCUUAAGUAUAAAUAUAAUGGCUAUAGCACUUUUUACAAUUAAAAAAAAACAUACAUGUAUAUACAGUAGAAUAUAAUGUAUGUGAAUGGUGUCAUAUCUUACUGAUCCAGUAUGUUUAAGUAGUUGCUAUCUCACAAGCAGUGGGCGGCCAUUACACCAGAUUUACUACAUUUCCCACAAUCCAUGUGGUGUGACGGAAGUGGCGUGUGGCGCUGGCUCAUGGAUUUAAACUGAAACGGGCAUUGGCCCCAUAAAAAGAGGAUUUUGGACAUGUAAUCGAGCUUUUAAUGAUAUUAUUUAUGGAAGGAUAUUCGUUUGUGAAGUUUCUCUGGAAUAAACGGUCGCUUUAGUGUUUCGCGCGCGUGUUUUGAAGCGUUAUUUCAGUUGUUUGUUUAACGUUACUAAAGCUGAAACACACCUCUGCAGAAUCCGGUGACACUAUAUGCGAUCCGUUUACCUGUCCCUGUAACCUCACCUGUCAUUAUUCCUGCUGGUUUAAAGGGUCAGGUUUAUGCUCGUGUUUAAUUCGAGAAGCUGGUUAUCAGGCGUUCAGGAUGAACUGGGACCAUCAAUUGAGCUCCAUUAUCUCCGAGGCAGACGGAAGUGUGGCAAAGAUGAGGGAACGCCUAACUACAUAUGGAAGAUCUCCUAGAAGAACUGAAGAUGUGUUUCCGGUCAGAGAGGUCACAGCCGGUGUUGAUCUGAAGCCCUCGUCCUCUCUCAGUCCUGCGGUUCAGUGGUCAGAUCUGACCGCCAUCCAGACACAACUACAGCAGCAGACUCAGGCCAUUGAGACUUUAACCCAGAGUCUUCGAUUAUUGGAAAGAGAACGAAACGCUCAGCACAGACAAAUACAAACAUUACAAGAGGAGCAGAAGAGACUUCUGGAUAAACUGGAGGAGAGAGAGCGGGAUGUGGAGCGGAGAGCAUUGAGCCCUGGAGCGGAUCGACGGACGGAGCAGUGGAAGAGAGAGAUGGAUCGAGAGCUGAGCAGCCUCAGAGCUCAGAUCAACCGAGCCACGACUCUAGGAAACCAGGAAGAAAGUUUCAGCUCUAAACUCCGCAGAGAAGAAGUGGAGCAGCUCAGGAGAGAGGUGGACAUUCUCAAAAACAAACUGAUGCGACAGGAGGAAGAUACGUUCCAGCUCCAGUCAGAGGCCAGAGAAACAAGGAGACAGUAUGAACGCAGCUCUAAGACGUUAGAGAGUUUCACGGAUUCACAGCGAGCGCACAGUUUUGAACUGGCUCGGAUGGUGUCACAAUACCAGCACACUCAACAGGAAGUACGUGACCUCAGAGUCACAGUCUCUGAGCUGAAGGACGAGGUGCGAGGUCUGGUCCUGAGAGACUCUCUCCUCCCCACUCCUGCACCGGUGCCACACAAACCAGUGGUAACCGUGAAGACGAGGGCCGAGAGACGCGUGUCGUCAGUGUCAGAGGAUGAUUUCAGUCCCACUCCCAGUCUGGCCGAGAUCAGCUCAGACGAGUUGGAUGCAUCCUGGCUGGAAGAACCAGAAUUACAAACCAGGAGGAGACGCCAACGGGUCCGCCUAAAUUCAGACCUGUCAGGAAGUGACAUCAGCGAAGCUGGAAGUGGGCUUGAGAGUAACCUUGACAAUGAUGCUGAAGGGGUGGACAGAGUUUCAGACAGUCCUCCAGAUCUCAGUCUCAGUGACCUCUGAUCUUAAAGGUCAAUAAACCAUCGUGCUGCUAUUCGAGGAAACGGAAACCUUGUUCUUCAGUGUUGACUAGGUAACGGACUGUUUACUUCUGCCAUGGAGGACUGGACUGGGCUAUUUCUAAUAUAAUAGAUCUACGUUGACCUAAAAUCAAGUCCAUGGUGCUCACUGAGUUUCUGUAGUAAAACUGAUUCGCAUUAGACACAGAUCGUCUCUUUAAAGGCUUUGCAAGUAUUGGAACCACAUACUAGCAUACACUACUCUUACUUGUUUAAAGUAUCUUUCCAAAUUCAACCGCACAGUAUUCAGGAAAUUGAGAGGUAUUAGUUAACAAUAAAAGUUGCAAAAUCAUUUUGAAAUAAUGCAAAAUGGAUGGACACAAAACACCUGAACAGUGAAAGAGAGUUCGACUUGGGCUUGUGUACAUGUUUCAAAUAUAUUUGCAGUUAGUAUUUAAAACAUUUUUACAUCAAUGUUUAUUUAUUUUUUACUUACUGAAUUGCUCGCAAUAAGACCAGAAACCUCUAUUUUACACUGACUUCAAAUUGUGGAAAUUUUGAAAUAAAUCGGAAUAAUUAUUUUAUCAUAACUUGUGUUUUUAGUGUUGCGAGACAACUUUUCAAAAAGUAACAAUUUGGUGUGUAUUUCAAAGACUUUUAUUAAUUAAAAAAGAACAAUGUGUAAUAAGAAACACUUUAAAUGCACUCUUACAAGUUAUUACAUACAAGUAAACAAUAUCACACAUCCAUCAGCGAACAAAGCACAAGAAGAAAAAUACUGGAUUUUUCACUUUUAUUAGUCAAUAAAAAAUGGGUGUUAAGUUUAUAAGCUACAUUUUGUUCAUUUUUUUUUUUUCUCAGUUUUUAUAAAAAACAUUUCGGGCACAAGAAAAGUAUUAAAGGGAUAGUUUAAAUUGAUAAAAAUAUAAAUUAAAUAAUAAUAUAAAUUAAAAUUCUGUCAUCAUUUACUCUCCCUCAUGUUUGUUCUAAACCUGUAUGAGUUUCUCUCUUCUGUUGAACAAAAGAGGAUAUUUAGAAGAAUGUUGUUGAAUUUUUUUUACUAUGGAAGUCAAUUUUUUUUGUGUUUAACAGAAAAAAGAAACUCAUACAGGUCUGGAACAACAUGAGGGCAAGUAAAUGAUGACAGAUUAAACAUUUUUGGGGUGAACUAUCCCUUUAAAACUAUGGCUAAACGUAUUACUGUGCGUUGACAGUGUUGUCUGCCUGUUAAAAUGCGCACCGAAAUAGAUAUUUUUUUAUCUUAAAACUUAAUUUUAAAAGCAGGAAAAUUUAGUUGUUUUGCUUAAAAGAGCCAAUUGCAUUUUCACCGUUGUUGUUUUGUCUAUUUGAAGACAUUUUAAGUGAGUGAACAUUUAUAUGACCAACACAAAUAGUAUUUAUCAGAAGUGGAAACAUCUUUGGGAACGAAGCAGAGAACAAAGUGAAAUUACCACUGGAAAAUCAUAACUGAUGCUGUUCAUGGAGUAUUAAAGAAAUGUUACGGGUUCGAUACGGGUCAACAUUUUAAUAUUUCAGCUGUUCAUCCCUCAGUUUGUAAAAAUAAGCAAAAUCAGUUUACAGUAAUGCAUUUGCUAUCAAGUCUGUUCUUGUGUGUGUCAUGCAAAUGUUACAGGGUGUAGACUCUUCAGGAGCUGGAAAACAAAAAAACUUUACACCGACAAGGUUAGUAAACUGUUUAAUCACACUAGCCUCAUGUUAAUGUGUAUUAUUUGUGUAUUUUUGUGG